UCUAUGGGUUCAAUUUCUUCGCAGGACCAGAAGGCCAGGGUUCGAACGGUGGAAGAGGUUUUGUUUGGCCUGAACCAUGAAUUACGAGCAGAAACUGGCUGAAAAACUCACCAUCCUCAAUGAGAGGGGCAAUGGGGUGCUGAUACGUAUGAACUACAUUAAGAAGAUGUGUGCUGACCCCAAGCUGCGUCCGAGCUUCCUCACAGAUAAAGGGAUGGAACCUGGCAUCAAGUACAUCAAUAAGAAAUUUCCUAAUAUUGACAUCAGAGGAAACAUUCAAAACCUGACCUGCAUCCAGAAACAGAAAUCUGAGGUGUUAGCAGCCACAGCGAGCUACUACGACUCCUUCCUGGAUGUCAUAGAGUUCAGGGAUCAUGUUUAUGAGCUGCUCAACACUAUUGAUGCCUGUCAGUGCUUCUUUGAUAUUGCUUUCAACUUCGAUUUCACCAAAAACUACUUGGAUCUGGUAACCACCUAUACGUCUGUUAUCAUCAUACUGUCUCGCAUUGAUGACAAGAAGGCCUUGGUGGGAAUGUUCAACUGUGCUCAUGAGAUGACCAACGGGAGCAGUGACCCCUCGUAUCCACGGCUUGGACAGAUGCUUGUGGAAUACGACCAUCCAUGGAAAAAGCUGACUGAAGAGUUCAGCCCUCACACAAAGUCUGUGACAGCAGCAUUGCUUUCAUUAAAGAUGGUCUACCCUCGCAGGAACCUGCCUGCAGAGCAGUGGAGGAACGCCCAGCUCCUAAGCUUGCUCAGCACUCCAGGUUCCAUGUUGGACCCAGCUUGCUGCGAAACUAUGGCAUGUGAAUACCUGUCUAUGGACAUAAUGGAGCGCUGGAUCAUUAUUGGCUUCCUGCUGUGCCACAGCAGUCUGAAUACAAACCAGGCCUCCCAGGAGCUUUGGAAGAUGGCUCUGCGGAGCGGCCUCUACCUCAACCUCAUCAGAGAAGAAGUCCUCAACAUACACAAAGUGACUGAGGACCUCUUUGAUGGCAUGAAAGGAUACAGCAAGCGCAUUGCAGACAUCAAGGAAUGCCGUGAUCACGUUCUGGCCAACUGUGGAGCUAUGCACAGAGAAAGGAGGCAUUUUCUGAGAGCAGCACUGAAGGAAUUAUUCAAAGUUCUGGAAGAUGAACCUGGACUUCUCGGACCUAAGGCCCUAUUUGUCAUGAUGGCUUUGUCAUUUUCCCGUGACGAGGUCUUGUGGCUUGUCAGACACUCGGAGAACAUGCCAAAGAUGAAGACGCUAGACGACUACAACGACAAUCAGAUGGCAGAGCUGCUGUUUUAUAUGGAGAAGUUAAGAGGACUGAUGAGAAAGUUUAACGAAGUAGUCCAGCGCUACCAUGUUCAGUACCUGGCGCAGUUUGAUGCCUUGCUUCUCAAUGACACCAUACAGAACAUGUAUGUUUGUCCGGAGGAAGAGUCGGUUCUCAUGAGCUCGUUUGUCUCAGCCCUUUCUGCUCUUUCUGUUAAACAAGUGGAUAACAAAGAGGAAUUUGAUUUCCGAGGACUAAGACUGGACUGGCUAAGACUACAGGCCUAUACAAGUGUAAAUAAGGCACCUCUUCCACUGAAAGACUAUCCUGACUUGGCUAAGGUGAUGAACAUGAUCCAGUUUCACACUAAGAUGGUGGACAGCGUGGAAGAAAUGCUCUAUGAGACAUCUGAGCUCUCCAUACUCUGCUUCUACCCUCGUGUCUUUGAGAAGAUGUUUACCCAGAGCAGUGAGGAGAUGACCAUGAAGCGAUAUCUCAUGUCUUUCCCUUUUGUCUUUUCCCACUUCAAUCAGUGUGGACACCCUCUCUGCCCAGAAGAGACAGAGAUCCUGGAGAAGCGAAGUCUGCGCCUGUGUGUGACCUUCUUGGAACAGAUAGCAAAGCAGACGAGCAGUGUUGUAUUGGAGAUAUGUGCUGAGCAGCGCAAUCUCAAUGACCAGUUGCUACCUAAGCACUGUGCUGAGUCCAUCAGUGCCGCUCGCUACAGAAAGCAGAAGAAACCUAUGCCAAAGAAAGGAGAGGUCCAAAAAGAGAAACCAGGUGCUGAGAGCCUGAGAAAAGACCGGACAGUGGCCACCAAUGUGGACAAGAUGCACAUGAUGCUGACAGAGCUCUGCUCCUCCUACAGUCUCAGCAACGACUUUAUGGUCUUUGAACAUGUUGUCGUUCCAGCGGAGUUUCUCCUUUCCCAGCUGGAGAUGCGCCUGAUGGAAAUCAUCAUCAAGAUGACCAAUUACAACCAGACCACCCAGGAGAUAACACGUCCCUCUGACCUGCUGGCAGGGAUAAGAUCCUACACAGCCAGUAUGCACAGCCUCUCAAGCUAUAUCAACGUGGACGUCACACGGCUGGUGAAGAGUGUGCUGCUGCAGCAGACACAGCCGCUGGACUCCCACGGAGGGUUGACGGUUACACACUACUACACAACCUGGUAUCUGGAGGCAGUUUUACGUCAAGCAAGUAGUUCCCUGAUCGUCCACUGUCCUACAAUGCAGUGCUUUGUCAGCCAGAGUACUGACAGCGAACUAAGCUUCAGAGCAGAGGAAUUCUCAGAUGUAUCAGAGUUACAGGCCCUGGCAGAACUGAUUGGUCCGUAUGGCAUGAAGUUUAUGGGGGAGAACCUGAUGUGGCACAUAACUUCUCAAGUCAGCGAGCUGAAGAAAAUGGUGGUUGAGAACAUGGACAUCCUGGUGCAGAUGAAAAACAACUUUGACAAGCCAGAGGAAAUGGUCAAUCUAAAAAAGAGGCUGACAGGUGGAGAGAAUGUUCUGAAAAGGAUGACUAUCAUCGGAGUGAUCCUGUCAUUCAGAUCAAUGGCAAUGGACUGUCUUAAAGAUAUCCUGCGUAAACAUUGCCCGUUCCUGAUGGCCCCCAUCGAGUGUCUAAGAGACUACAUCUCCCCAGAGACAGACAUCAAGGUGACUCUGAGUGUUUUCGAGCUUGCUUCUGCCGCAGGACUGAAAUGUGAUAUUGAUCCUGCCCUUGUUGCAGCUAUAAGCAACAUGCAAACAGAUAACACACCAGUUGAAGAAGAGUUCAAGCUCUCUUGUUUGUUACUGGUCUACGUCGCUGUGUCGCUGCCUAUCCUCGCUCUGGAUCUUAACUCCUUGUACAGCCGAGAACAUGGAGGUCACAACAACAACAUUCACUGUUUAGCUGCAGCGAUCAAUCAGCUGGCUGCUGCCAUGUUCACUGUCCAAAACAAGAACAUCGAGCAGCAGCUCAAAGAGUUCCUCCUGCUGGCCUCCUCCACUCUGCUUCAGCUAGGACAAAACGUGGAACGAGUGGAUGUCAAAAAUCGAGAGUCCAUCUACCUGCUCCUGCACAUGAUUGUGGAAGACUCUCCGUUUCUGAGUCAAGACAUGCUGGAAAGCUGCUUCCCAUACGCUCUCCUCCGAAACGCCUACAGAGAGGUGCACAAGGCUUUCGUCGUUACUUUGGCCUGAAGACAUUUUCUCUAGAUUCAUCAUUGACCCAAAGAAGUACUUUACUGCAUGUGUGCUUUGUGUGCAUUUCUCUUCUGCUUCGGAUUCACCCAUGUCUGCACCCUGGUUAGUCAUGACUUGGACUUUUGAUCUUUUGAUUGCUGAGAGAGAAUUUAUUUCAUCUACUUACAUUGAAUAAAAACUGUAUUUUUAUUUUGUUCUAUUAAGACAGGCAUAUGCAAUGUAACUUUCUUUGAAAUGGAAUAGAUAUGCGUAAAAUAGCUUGAGUGUUUUUAAUAUCAUCCAAAUUAUUUAAAUCAACAAAUCAGGAACGUUCUUCCAAAAUAUAAAAAAAACAUUCAUAUUUUUUAUAUUAUCAUUCCAAAAACAUGGAAUGUGUGAUGUUUUCUGAUCAUGAUUAAAAUAAAACAGUGAUAAUAGCAUUUUUUUUUCAUCUGUAUUCAAAGUAGGUCUAUUUCCCAUCUCUUUGCAUUGAAGUUUUUGUAUAUUCAUGCACCACAUGAAAUUUACAAGAUGCAUCCCAGUUUGGCAGAAGUAAAAAUGCUUGUCACUAAUUUUAGCCAUCCCUUUUUGUGAUUAUCUUCUGCAAACCAGCACUAUAUCUCCAUUCUUUUCCAUCUCCGCUUCCUCCCUUCCCAUUCAACCAGAGCUGCAGCUGCUAUGUAUCAGCUCAGUUUCCACACUGGUGGUAGAUACAUUUAUCUAACUCAAGCAUUUCUGUGUGUGGUUGUGUUUGAGUGUUUUUGUGAUUUGUAUUCAGGUUUUCUGCAUCUUACGCUGAGCCUCCUCUUGAGCGCUGAGGAGAGUGGAUUCCCACCACAGGGAACAUUUGCAUGAAUACACAGAUGAGCAAACAAGAAAACAGCACGUCAAAGAUUAACAACACAGAAUCACAUGCAGAAGUGCUCUACCAGUGGGCUAAAAUUUUUUUAACAAUGUUUUUAUAUUUUAACACACAUUGUCAUCAUUCAGCUUUGCAUAUUUUCCUGUUUUUAUGCCUAUGGAGUUUGCACAUAUCAGCUGUGAGUUUUGCGUAUUUUUUUUUUUUAUUUGUUCCUUAAAUUAUUGCAACUAAAAUCUUUACAAGCUUUGGAAGAAACUUGAUGCUUUUUUCAAAUUUUGUCAAGUUUUAAAGGAUUAGUUUGCUUCCAUUUACUGCUUGUAGUGUGGAUGUGCCAUUUUUGGUGUUGUAUCAACAAAGCUGUAACUUUGUAAGUACGCACGGGGUUUUCAAUCCUUCUGUGUCUAGGACACAACAGAGAGGUGCUGCAUUUAUUGAUGAGUUUAAUGGAAAACCACAAUAUUUGCUUGCUAAAUUUAUUUUAACAAGAUGUUGGUUUUUAAUUGGUCUAGUCAAAGUAUACAUUUAAGUCCAGUAGACAUUCCUGAAGAACCUUCAAUGUAUAUGUAUUUUGUUUUAUUCUUAAAUGUAGAGUUGGCCAAAGUUCCUCCUACACAAUAUAAAAAACCUAAUACCAGUUCUUAGGUUUAGGGGGCAUUUUCUUUUUCACAUUGGGCUGGGGAUUUAUGGAUUGGUUUCUUACCCAUCAUUACAGUUUUCCUUGAUUGCUAUCAUGCAGCAGUCAGCUCAAACUGCAUAUUUUCAAAACGCUUAACACACAGGCCAAACUGUGGUACUAAUGGUCAAAGUGACACAUUUUGUUUGCAAAAGGCUCUAACUGUGCAGAAACAUUUAAAAUAUGAAUCAAAAGCAAAUUUUGCCUUCAAACAACACAACUUGUAUGAGCUCUUCUGAUCAAUCAUUACGAAAUACAGCCCUCUGUGCACCAUAGCCCAUCAUUGUAGCCUAUUACAUAGCUUUCAUGCCAGUGCCAUUUGUUAUCUUUCUACAUAGGCUGAGUCAAAUUUACCUUCUUGCAAAAGUUGGAAAUGCUUUAAUGUAAAUUUUACUGAUUCCAUUACUAUUUUUUUUCAAAUUGUGACUGAAAACUGAAGUACCGUGAAUAUUACAGAAAAUUCUGUAAAUGUAAACCAAAAUAAAAUAUCAGAAUAAAAAAAUA